GUUGUUUUCGAUGAAAAGUAAUUCUAUUGAAACUCUGUCAAGGUCCUCCACGGCACCAUGCCCACCAAGAUCAGCUGCACUGAGACCUGCAAAAUGCCCUCAGUGCACCGGAAUAGAAUUCCCGUUUCGAAGUUUCGUCUUAACAGAUCAAUAAGUAAAACUAAUAAUUUCACCCAGAGUCAUUUCCGCAUGCAAUUCUGGUUGACAGUUAAGUUUAUAUUUUCACUGUUGUUGUUUUUGGUGUUAGUUUGUGGAGCCGUACUACAGGCUUACAACAGGCCUCUAUAUCUGAAAGUUACCUCGCCAAAGCAGGGCGGUUUUCUGAGAUACGUGCAUCAUGAUGAUUCGAGAAAAGGAAACAGUCUGACAGCCACUAAAGGCCAUACUCUGACACUCACCCUACGCAUGGCAGCCGUUCCUAGACUGAUCCAGCGUCUAUACUGUGAUUUCUUGCGAUCUGCCGUCUUGUUCUGGUCACCGAAGCUGGGUCACAUCAGCGUCAUACUAGACAAAGAAUCGACAGCCGAUCACCGGUUGGCAGCUCGACUGAGUCAGCAAGAGCCUGCAUUUGGCGUGAAGUUUGACUUUGUUUACGAGCCUCUUCCGAGCGACCCUUCCGUCUUGAAAAGUAGAGGGUACCUUCGCCAACUGUGGAGCAGUUUCUUCAUGGAUUUGUACAUCAACGCAUCCAUCAUUGCUUGGAUCGACACGGACGGAAUGUUCACGACACCCGUCACCACUGAAAAUAUCUUCAACGACCAUCGAUUGCGAGUCGUAACUUUUACAAACUGGGUAAUACCCCGUCGACAUGGAUGGGACAAGACGACAGAACUUGCAAUGGGCAAGAAAUUGGUGGCCGACUUUAUGACGUACUUUCCGGCUUGUAUCUGGAGAGAUACCAUUACGAACUGCAGGAAUCACAUUCUCACACACAUGAAGCUAUCUAACUUUGAAGACGCUUUCAGGAGACUGGUCGCGUUGGUGGGUGGAUCACUGAGUCCGGUCAACAUUUUCUUGAACUACGCUUACUACUUUGAGCAUGACCGUUAUGACUGGCAUAUCGAUGUGAACAGAAACCUGGAAGCCUACAACACUCAACACCUGCAGCCAGGUUUCGAAGUCAAACCGAACGAGACUGUACCGGAGAUCCAUGUCACUAUACACGCUGGGAGACACUUUAAUAAGUCACCCGACCCGUUGUUGCAGGGAUAUUGCAUAGCGAAGCGGUACGUGGGUGCACCGCUUGCCGGCUGCAAACGGUUUGAAAACACCACAAACAUUCAGCUGUUCGAUUUCCUGAAGGAAAAGCGUGCCACCCAGAACCACUUCCAGACAUGGUGCAAAGGUUCUACAGGGCUGAAAGACUGCAGCCAACGUAUUGAAGCUCAUUAUCAGACCGUGCGGAAGUAUUACAACUCGGGGUGGUAUGACCUGGAUUUGCGAAGAGUGUCUGUCGUGGAGAGAGCAGCGGAAUUGGAGAAUGUCACGUGCCCGGAAGUAUUUGACUGGAAAGGCACACAUUCUAUUGGUUUCAACGUUUAUCCCUAAUAUAAGAACCAGCGAGGGGGGCAAUUAAACUGAUUUGUGUCAAUCUGUUUAGCAGUAAAUAUGCAUAAAAUUCAAAUUUCAAGAUGAAAGGUAUUGUCGACUUUCAGGGAAAGAGAUAUAAUGGCGAGUCCCCGUUAGGGACCUAAUAUGGUUGUGACGAUCGCCGACGGAAAGCAAGACGUCCAAAUACAGACAGUUAUGGAAGCUUCGUGACGUCAUUCCACAACAAGUCAAACAAAACGGCUCCAGAAAUGCAGAAAAUUUUCACAUCAAAUACUUUUCUAAGUGAUGGCAGUACCGCCUCUUAGCGCCAAACUGAUGAUCCGGUUUGCUGUUUUGUUUAUGGUUAGCAAUUCUGUUUACAAUUGGGGGUCAUAUAAAAACAAGGAGAAAAUGAGCAAAAUCAGUGGUAGGGCCUACUUACAUGUAACUUAGAGGCCGACAUCGUUUUUAUGCCUGUCAUACCAGCGGCGUGCUUGUUUGUACAGGCCUUCCCCGGCGACUCAACGCAGGCAGUCAACACAGUUGAACCUGAUCCAACUUCUUCCGACUGUUGCGUCGGUGUUUUAAAGUUUCCACAUUGUGUAUCAUAGGGGACUGAUUGGCGAUGCACUUUGCGUCUCUUCAUUGGCUCUACAUUCCUGCCAGAUACACGCUGCUCCGUACGUGUCACUAAAUGAAUAAAAUAAACCUCUUGAGGCCGGAAGUGGCUGCACUGUGAUGUGCAGGGAACACACCGAAGACACACUACCUUACGGUUCAUCCGACGUAACCACCGAGUGCAGUGACGGCACGUAGGUGCAUGUACAUUUCAUGUGUAAUUAUUGGGCAAGUUCGAUCAGCGACAAAAUUUUGUCAACUAACGGUCGAUGUCGACUGGUAACCUAUGCAUUAAAUAUAUGUCGGGCAUCAGGGAAAAUCGAGCUGUGGUUCACAAAUUACCGCUGAUCGAACUUGAUCAUUAUUGUGUGAAUCACCAGCCUUAUAACUGCCUCGUAGACGACCCAUUCGAGUAUGAGGUACAUUCAAACUUGUUUCGAAUAUUGAAGGUAAACAUUUCAUUAGAGAAAGUACUGAUAUGUGGGUUUAAUUUUUGUACUAAAGAUCAAUGAAAUGACAUUGUGUUAUGGCAAAAAUUAAAAAUUCUCAAAAGUGUUGAAAUAACAGAAGCGUUUCUUUUCUAAGUGAAAACUUUGACCAACAACUUUUUUCUCUGAUACUCCAUCAUAAUCUUACCUUCGGGAAAAUAUACCGCGUACUAAAUCAAAAUUACCUUGUUACUGACAUUUUGUUCCGAUGUUGAACUUUUGUUGUGUAUUUAGGUCUAUUUCUGUUAUUUUCUUAUGUCAUAUAUUUUCAUCAGUAUUUUGUAAGGAACAGCACUUUAAUGAAUAACCGUCAACAGUUUCAGUAGAUACAGAUUACAAAAAAGCGAAGUUCAAUCUUAAUUUUACCAAAGGUCCAAAUGUUUAGUUAACACAGUUACCCGAAUAAAGGUCGAGAAAGAGUAUGCAAAGUA